ACUGAGUAGUCAAGAUGAAGUAUGGCACUAGCAACGAAAAGAAGAUGCACGAGCGAUUUGAGGAGCUGGAGAAAAUCGUUGAAAAUGCUGAAGGCAUUGCAAUCGACAAUCUCCUUGCCAACUCAAACGACCAAAGAACUGCAGAGAUACGUGUUGAAGUUAAAAGAGUUACGAAUCGGCGAGCCAACUAUUUACAGGGUUGUGAGGCUAGCUUCUUUGCAAGGUGUAGACGUUGGGUUGGUAGGAGUGGCAACACAUACGAGGCAAAGCAGCUGUAUCGUGACAUUGAUGACGCACUUGAACUUGUUGCUUGGUGGCGCGAGGCACAUCUGGACAAGCUAAGUCGAGAGACGGUUGUCUGGAAUGACAUGAGGGCAAUGGCUAGGAAAAUGGUUUUCUUAUUGGAUGCGUGCUCCAGAAGAGACUAUUCUGACGAUACCGAAUCUCAGUCCUUCUCUGCAUGUGUGGCUGAAUGCCAAUCGAUUUCCAUCACCAUAAUUUAUCUCAUUGAUCAACACCCAGAAAAAGUUGACAGAGUCCGCCGUUGUGUUGAGCUUUUCGUGCCGAUUAUCUUUGUUCUUUCUCAAUGGGCGCAGAAAGAAGAUCAACCUGGAUUACUGGGAGAGGCUCACUCAGUAAUUUCGUACAUAGGAAAUGCCAUAGUUUCCUUGGGCAGCAAGAUUCUGGCGUGCGAGGAGCGGGAGACUAAUACAAAGUACGAUAUUUCGAAUCAAGAUCUGAGUAUUUCCAAUGAAGGAAGAGAGGAAAUAUUAAAUUCUGGACUUGUACAUGACGUAUUUGAGCUUGAACGCUCAUUGAGGAAAAUCGGCAGUAGCAUUGCAUUGCGAGCAAAUGAAACAAUUGCAAGGAAAAGGGGUGAAGACAUUCUGGCAUUUUCAAUUCAAGAUCUUAAGAGACUCCAGCUCGACCAAAUUGACCUUGAUGAAACAUCUAGCGACCUUCUUGGUAAUGGUGCCUCUGGAACUGUCAAAAGGUUCUUCUCUCCUAGUCACUCCAAGGAGUUUGCUGUAAAGAUCUUUAAUAAACGUAACGGAGCAGCUGAUGAAAAGCAACACUGGAAUCGAAUCAUACGGGAGGCAGAGGUAUGGAAAUCUAUCGACGCAACGACAUGCAGAAAUAUCAACAAACUUGUUGGUUUCGCCACAAUUGGCAAGUCUCCUUAUCCUGUCCUUGUAAUGGAUGUCUGCAAUCAGAAUCUACACACAUACCGGAGCGAAAAAGAACUAAACUUAAGGGAGAAGUUGGAUCUGAUGCAUGACAUUGUUACGGGCCUUGAGUUUCUUCACGCAAGGAGCUGUGCGCACGGUGAUCUGAGCCCAGAUAACAUUCUCAUUAAGAGCACACCAUUCCCGCGUCGCUGUAUUGCCGUGCUUGCCGAUUUUGGCAGUGCUGACCUGAUGGAGGACUUGGGUCAUAACCGCAUUUCUGUCAGUGCAAACAUUCAAGGAGGACACGAAUACUAUUGUGCUCCCGAGUUCUUUGAUCCUAAGGCUGCUGGCAGUCUGCAGGUCUCACGAGAGGCGCAUUGCUAAAGGGUCUCUGGUCCUGCGAUCCAACAAAGCGCCCCUGUGCUAAUAAGGUUCUUCUCGAGCUUAAAGUAUUUAUUGCCAAUCAUCCUCCCAUUCCUUCUAUGUCUAGAUAAUAUGACCUGUACCAUUAUCCGGCAAUUCAUCUAUUUAUC